GAUCCGGAUCGCCGGCAUCAGGGGCAUCCAGGGAGUCGUGAGGAAGACUGUGAAUGAUGAGCUCCGGGCCACCAUCUGGGAGCCUCAACACAUGGACAAGAUCGUCCCCUCCCUGCUUUUCAACAUGCAGAAGACGGAAGACCUUGAGGGUCGAAUUGGACCACCUGCUUCUCCAUCGGGGGAGAAAGAGGAGAACCCUGCUGUCUUGGCCGAGAACUGCUUCCGAGAACUGCUGGCCCGUGCAACCUACGGGAACAUGAGCAACGCCGUCAGGCCGGUCUUUGCACAUUUAGGCCAUCACAAACUAUGGGACCCAAAUGAAUUUGCCGUCCAUUGCUUUAAAAUCAUCAUGUACUCCAUCCAGGCCCAAUACUCCCACCACGUGAUACAGGAGAUCCUGGCACACCUGGACAGCUGCAAGCGAGACUCGCCCCGCGUUCGAGCUGGGAUCAUCCAAGUCCUGCUGGAGGCGGUGGCCAUCGCGGCCAAGGGAUCCAUCGGACCCACCGUCCUGGAGGUGUUCAACACCCUCCUGAAGCACCUGAGCCUGAGUGUGGAUUUCGAACUGGGCAACACGAGGGGAGAUCACAGCCACGCUGCCCUCUCUGCCCCCUCUAAGGACAACGACGAGCGGAUCGUCCAGAAUGCCAUCAUUCAAACCAUCGGUUUCUUCGGAAGCAACCUGCCAGAUUACCAGCGGUCAGAGAUCAUGAUGUUUAUCAUGGGGAAAGUCCCUGUCUUUGGGGUGACCUCCCAGACCUUGGACACCAGCGAGCUCGGGGAUUUGGGAACAAGGAGGAUUCAAAUCAUGCUGCUACGGUCGUUGCUGAUGGUGACCUCCGGCUACAACGCCAAGAGCAUCGCCUCGGUCCUCUCGGCGCCCUUCCUGGACCCUCUGCUGUCCACCUCCCUGAUGGAGGACUCCGAACUGCGGCAGCUGGUCUUGGAGAUCCUACACAACCUGAUUGACCGGCACGACAACAGAGCCAAGCUUCGAGGGAUACGGUAAGGGUGGUCCUGGCCUCGGGGUAGCGGAAGCGGGGAAAGGAACGAAAUUUGAGAGGUUAGGAGAGGAGGGAAGGGGGUCAAGCUAUUCUCC